AUGGCAGGCAAGAGCCGCGCUGCGCUACGUCGCGAGAAGAAGCGCAAGCAGAAGGGAGCGCCCGCUGCUUCGUCUUAUAGUGCUGAUGGAGGCGUCGCUCCCUCUAAUAAGCCCCAGAAGCGCCAGCAGAAGACCGUCUACGACAGCGACUCGGACUCGGAGGACGGCGACGCGAACCGCGCGGCCGCCAUCCCGCUGCCGUCGCUGGAGGACGGAGACAAGGUGCGCGACUUUGUGCAGGAGAUGGAUAACCAGAACAAGCCCACGGGCAAGCGCGCGCGCGCCGAAGCGGAGCAGCACGCCGUGGACCAGCGCAAGAAGCGGUACCGGGAGGAGAAGGCCGAGAAGAUCGUGUGGCGCAAGUUCGACAGGGAGAACCGCGCCUUCGAGCAGUUCUACGAGCGCUGCCUGGGGCUGGAGAAGGACGAAUUCGAGCGCUUCUUGGCGUGCUUGAAGGAGCCGCUGCCUGUGCACUUGCGCGUCAAUGGCAACUACACGAGCUUGAGCGAGAUCGUCGCCGGCACGUUGGAGCUCGACUUUAACCUGAGCGAGGUGACGGUGCCGACGCCGGUUGGAGGUGGCGAGAUGCAUGUCAAGUUCGGACCGGAGUCGUGGGUCCCCGAGAAGAGGCUCUGGAAGCUGUCGACGGACAGCAAGACGUUCCGCAAGGUGGAGGGGCUGCGCGCGCUCAGUACGUGCGUGCGCGCGCAAGGAUCACUGGGCACGCUUCUGCGGCAGGACCCUGCUGCUACGGUGCUGCCGGCGUUCCUGGAUGUCCAACCGGGGCAGCGCGUGCUGGAUCUGUGCGGCGGUGGCGAGCACCGUGCGCCUAUCGUGGAGGAGUAUCUGUGCCCUGCGUCCCCUGCUAGUGCUGGAAUUGAGACGAGCUCCAGCGCUUCGAGCUUGUUGGUGGUCAAUGAACGUGACGCGACAGCAGCGGCGUCUGCUGUGCGUAACCUGACGCGCACGUUGCCGCUGUCACGCGAGCUUGUGGUGACCGCGCACAAGCCUGAGGAGUUCCCUGCCCCGGAGGAUGCUGACGCUCUGUUUGACCGUGUUAUUUGCUGCGCCCCGUGCUCGGGAGAUGGUCUGGUGCGCAAGCUGCCCGAAAAGUGGCGUACGUGGAGUCCCGAGCAGGCUCUAGUGCACCACCCGAGCCAGCUUGGCCUGGCCGAACACGCGCUUACCCUGUUGCGGACUGGCGGCGUGCUGCUGUAUAGCACGCGAUCGAUCAACCCGAUCGAAGAUGAGGCGGUGGUGGCUGAAUUGCUCCGUCGCUCGGAGGGCGCGCUGGAGCUUGUCGAAACCGAUGACGUGCUGGAAGGACUGGGGCGCUCGCACGGUUUGACUCAGUGGGACGUCCUUGAUGUGCCAUCGUGGGAUGAAGCUCCGGAGGACCAGCGGCAUCGCCUUCGUCCGUCGAUGUGGCCUCCUACAUCUGAGGAGCGUGAUGAAAUGCACCUCGAGCGCUGCGUUCGCGUGCUGCCGCAUCAGAAUGACACCCACGGACUGUUCCUGGCUGUCAUUCGUAAGGUUCGCGAGGCGGACAAUGUCGCUGUCGUCGCAGGACCUGCCCCGCUGCCUCAGCCCAAGGGUAAGGCCAAGUCGGCUGCUGCGAGCAAGAACAAGAAGCAGACGAAGGCUGAAAAACCGUUUGGAAGCUUCACGACUAUUGACAAGACGCACUUGGCAUCGAUCCAGUCGUUCUUCGCUCUUCGCAGCAACUCGGCGUUCCUGGAGCGCGCAGGCAUGGCCCGCCAGAAACGCGCGGUGCAUCUUGUGACUCCGGCCGUUGCGCGGUUGGUGACCGAGGAGCUUCGUGGACGGCUGAGCAUUUAUCACGCUGGCGUGUUUGCACUUCGACCGGGUACUGGAAUUGAGGCUGUCGCCGAUGAGCUUACAGACGACGGAGCUCGUGCGUUGCUCCCUGAGAUGAACGCUCGUGUGUUGAACUUACCUCAAGAGGAGUUCACAUCCUUCUUGCAGUCGCGCGAGAUGUGGCUCAAGAAUGCUGGCGAGCACGCGCGCGACCAGUUAGCAAAAAUGACAGAAGGAAGUCUGGCCGUGGCUCUCGACGACAUGGAGCCGGCACAGACUGGAGACCGGGACAUCGUGCUGGUGGCUGUUAAACGACACAACUCGUGCUCUAUCGUAUCGUCCCCUGCUGCGAUUGCUCGUAUCAAGGCGCUGCUAGAAGAGCUCAACGACGCCGGUGGAGAUGACGAAGACGGCUACGACUCGUUCGAGUUUGAAGACGAGUAA